AAGAAUGCUUAUCUUGUCCUCUUAUCGAUAUUUCGAUGUUCUUUUAUCUAUAAAUCGGCAACUCGACCGAUCCAGUUCAGUACAAUCGGUAACCUCGACUGAAAAUCAGUUCAAAGUGCUAAAAAAGUGAAAAAUAAUAAUCAACAAAAAUGAGCGACGGCAAAACCCUUCCCCCACCGUACACAGAUGAGAACCAGGCAGAAAACGCGCCGCAGACUUCGGGAGUAGUCUACCAGGCCAAUGUCAUCCCUGUAGUCAUCGGGCCCCAGAUGGGUCCUAAGGAAUCACCCAUGUCCUGCCCGUCCUGCAACCAACAGAUUGUCACAAGAAUUGAAUACAAAUCUACUACAAAAACCCAUUUGUUUGCUGCACUGCUUUGUUGCAUUGGAUGCUGGCCAUGUGUGUGCAUUCCCUACUGCGUCCACAGCUGCCAAAACGCCGACCACUACUGCCCGAACUGCAGCGCAUACAUUGGCAGUUACAAGAGCUAGAACCCUUACUAUUCAUAACUGGUUCCUUUAUCUGAAAUACGUGGAAAACAACCUUAUGAUUAGUGCCAUAAGAUUGUGUUAUCAAUUUUUAUAUAAUUAUGACUAAAUGAUUUGUUCUGUACCUAAUUUUUAAAGUCAAGGCUGGCGACUUUCCUUGAUACAAGCUAGCGACCAUUUUGACAUAGGUCGCUGACAUAGAAUGGUCGUCAGCUUUUCUACAUAUUACUUAGGUACUUGCUUUAUUGAUGAUCUAAUAUUUUUAUGUACCACCAAAAUGUUUCAAUCUUCAAUCAAAAUGUUUGAGAUUGAAACAAAAGAAUAACUGUGUUAUAUUACCUAAGCUUAGUUUAUAACGACGGUUAUUUAUUAUGCGAUACUUACAUCACAUCUAAUUCAUCAAACAUUAAUCUUACUCUACUUCUUCCUAUCUUACUAAUCUUACUCAUAAUCAUAUAUUUAUCUAAGUUCUGUAAUUAUCUGUUACAUUCAAUUACUAUUGUAAUACUAUUUCACCGCCUUAAUCUAGUGCCUGUCAAUUUUCUAAAUCCUAUUAGGUAUUCAUUUCUUCAACUUUAAAUCUUUACUUAAAACCUAAUAAAGAAAAAAAUAAUGAUCUUUUUGAUUCGAUAAACAAAACUGAAACUUUUAUUCUACUUCUUCCUCUUCCUUUAACAAACGAAUGUUUCUUUAUUUGAUGAUUAAAAUUGGUUAUUAAAACUGAAUGCGACAUAGGCCCUAAGAAAUUGACAUUAUUUAUCUAUCAUCAUUGAUAUAUUAAUACAUGUGGAAUGCGCACUUCAACAUAGACAUUAUAAUUACAAAAAAAUAUUAUCUGAUUAUCCUGGUAUAAUCAACGGCAAGGAUAUUGAGCCCUGACCUUCACCUGCGCGGAAGUGAUUUAUUGGUUUAUUGCCAUAAGUGUACAAGUACGCAAAACGAUCCCCACUCUUCCGCCGAGAGCUCAUUAUCCGUGCCGAUAACUAUACCGGAUUAUCAUAGAAUCGAUUUAGUGUUAGCAGUAACUGACCUAUCAUCACUGACAGGAUUAUUGUGAUCAAUAAAUCUGAUACAGUGAUGAUGAUUGAUUCGCUUGACACUGACUGUGAUACAAUUGUGUCAAUGGGCAUUGUUUUUGUAAUGAUAACUGUCUAGACAUUUUCAUUCAACGUCAUGUUGGGUAGGGGGUCUGAUGUUAAUGGCCAGAAUCAUUAAUCGUCAUAAAAGAUUAUGUAUUGUAAGUAUUUGUGUGUGAAAAAUAUGUAUUAAAAACAUUAUACCCUUAUAUA